CUAACAUCCUCCAGUACCUCUGACACUGUGUGCAAAUUCUCACCUGUUUUCAUUAUUUGACAGUUUUGACCACAGUAAUGUAGAAGGUAAUGGAGAACAUUGUUUCACUUUUUCCCUCAGCUGAAUAUUUGUUUGAGGUGGAGCUUGGUGCAGUAGACAUAACAAUCCUGAAUCCUGUAGGAAUCCUUUCAGCAACCUCCAACUUAACUGUCAAAAAAAGUAACAUCACAAUCACUAAAAUGAACAUCACUACAGUGUGCAGUAUGAAUAGUACUGUAUAUCAGUGUAGGUGUGAGGAUCAGUAUUUCUGGCCAUGUGAAAAGUGUACAGUAUAUGGAUCCUGUGAUGACGUCUCUAAUAUCUUAUGUGGGUGCAUCAACAAUCUUCCAAAUGAUGGACACUUGUGCCAACCGCUCACUGAGAUGACCAAUAAGUCUUCCUGUUCAGCUCCAACAACCAGAGCUGAAUUCCAGAUUGAAAUGGAGGUUGAUGCAUUAGAUAUGACAAUCCUGAAUCCUAUGAGGAAUGUUUUAAUGAUCCUUAGCUUACUUUCAAUGAACAGAAACAUUAAUAUCACUGAAAUGAACAUCACUACAGGUGGGUAGAGUCGAGCUACAUCUAG